UUCAAUGAUGAAGAACUCUCAGAUGUCAUCAUCAAGUUCGGUGAAAAGCAGGUCUUUGCUCAUAAGGUCAUCCUUGCAAGCGGUUCCAUCUGGUUCGAGAAAGCCCUGCUGGGUGACUUCAGCGAAGCCAACAAAAAAGUCAUCGAACUUUAUGACGACGCCGUACCUGACGCUAGCAUGGCUAUGUUCAAGCACCUCUACGGUAUGACCUAUGGUAGACAAGAAUAUCCGAGACCCGAAGAAGACCUACCUGAAUUCCAUCUCGACGUCUUCAUCUUGGGAGACAAGUACGACGUGCCGUGCCUUAGGCUGGCAGCUAGAAAAGCCCUGCUGGCACUCAUGUCGAAAGAGUUUGAGGAAGAUACUUUCUGGGACUCGUCUAUCUUCGUUAUUCAAAAGCUGCUCGGUCCUGAUGCUGCCCAGCUUGCCGACAGAUCCCUAGAAUUACAGAUGUUUGGUGGCUUCUGUGCUCCUUUGCUACAUGUCGAUGGAAGGGUCUCGCACGCCAGACUUCUUCUGCUUGACGAUACCUUUCGGUCGGAGUUGGUGAGGGGAAAGAUGCUUAAGCCUAGCAUUGCGGACUUAUCCAUGAAGGGAAUCAUUGAAGUCCUUUGA